UCCUCGUUGACUACGUGUGAAAAGGAGAUAGUCUUUUCAAUAAAGGCGUUUUGUUUAGGAGGAGGGGUGGGGAGGGUAAGAAAGACAGCGUUUUGGCAAGGAGAAUGCCAAUUUUAAAGAUCUCUAAAAUCUGUGAAACGGGUGAGGGUGUGGGCCAUGUCAUUCUGGAGAUGGAUUUAUAUAGAUUUUUAAUAAAAAUGGUUAUUCUAGACACUCUAGUCUCGCCCCCUCCCCGACCCGUCAACCCAGGGCUAAUCUCUGCAUUGACGGGAAUUAUUUACAGUAGCUGUCUGGCAACACGCCCAGUGGCGAAUUUACCCCCCCCGGGAAAACAGCCGAGCGCUGGCCUCCGGGCAUGGGUAUCAGAACAAAACGAACGCUGACACUCGGUUUUCAGUGAGCCCGACAAAUUAAUAACUCUUAACGGGGGUCCUUUGAGAACGCCGACUCGCGGCAGACCAGAUGUUUCGCUGUGGUAGAGGUUAUUGUUCCGUGGGGAGGUGUUUUGGACACGCGUGCCAGGGUCUGCGUACAGGUGUGUUCGGGGCAGCGCGAGUCUGGGCUGCCUUCCAGGAACCCAGCUCAAACAUUAAUGCUGAACACCCAGGAGAAAAUUACCCAUCAACAGUGUGCGAGUUGGAACUGGGUCAGGAGCCCCGGACUAGCUCUCUGUCGACUGUGUUUUGUUCUGGGAGUUCAAAGGCCGAUCCCACGAGCUGUCGCCUGAGUCAGCAAACCUUUCCAGUCAUCCGCGCUGCGGUUAACCCCUUACUGGCGCAAACUGCGGUCUCGAAGGAGAACCGCUAGCGGGAGUGGGGCCGUAGACAGCAUCUUCAGGGUGAUCUUUUACAGUGUCACUGCUAUCGAAUAUUGCACGCGGAUGGAUUUAUGUUCGUAUGUCUUUACAUGGGAAAGUUUGGCCUUUCAGGGAACAUCCUGCCGGGGAAGUGCGCUCUGCUGCGCGCGUCACGGCGCAGGAGCCCGGACUGCUGCAAUUUCCCAGCAGGGUCCGAGUGGCGGCCUGACUCACGGCCCCGCCGCCUGACGUGUCUCCGGGCCUCGGACGUGUUUCUGCUCAGGAGCCGUAACCGAGAGCGAGGAGUUUCACUCUGACCAGAGUUUCCCAUACGGACAGCUGUAAUUUCAUGUAAGAAUGAGAUUAUGAUGCCAUAUCACAUGCGUAAUGAAAGAGAGUGUCUAUUAUCCCCGAGGGGCAACUUGUUUUACAGCAGCGGUGUUGGUGUACGGACGGACAGAAAGAAAGAAAAAGGGAAGAAAUAAUACUACACAGAGAAUGAAUCAGUUGAGUCCAGCAGGAACAGCGCGAUUAAAAAUUUUGUUUCGGAAGAGGCUGUUACUUCAGGUGAACCCUAACCGUGCUGCGCGUUCAUCCUCUCCGCACUGCCUCUUACACCUGGCUCCCACUGUCCCUAAAUAUACUGUCCUAAAAGGUCGUAAAAGCGAAAGGCCGUCUCCUGCGCUGUGAGCAGGUGAGAGUGUGCUCUCCCUCUCAGGGGCGGGUACAGGUAGGAUGGAUGACGUGAGAGGUUCCUGAAGUUUUUAAGCGCGACACGGCUCCCGCCCCAGCCCUGCUGCUCAGUCCCUCCAGCUGAUCGCUGGCCCCGCCCCCUCUCGGGGCCCCGCCCACUGAGAGGGGGGACGGGCUCCGCGUCUGCGUUCUGAUUGGACACACCUUCCGAACGUUCCCCGCCCCCCCCCGGGUUAGGUCCAGCUGCUGCGUGUCUGGCGGCACCUUGUGAUGGGUAGGCCUGAUGAAUAAUGUGGAAGGGGGCGUGAUCUAGUACCGGCGUGCCGGUAAAAUGUAAAUAGUAGCUGCAGCCGAAGUGGGGGGACAGGAAUUCUGUUUUGAACAGCUUCCCAAGUUUUCUGACAUCCGCCCAAGAAGAUGCUGCAGGCUCUCAAAGGGAGCGCUCGGAGCGCCUCUCCGGUGGUGAGGUGGCUGGAUAGCGUGUGGGAGAGCAGGGUGUCCCUGCCGAGGCAGGAUCGGGCGCUCAAGACCCUCCAAGAGAUGCCGGGACCCUCCGGCUUCAGCUUCGCGUGGGACCUCUUCGCCCGGGGGGGUCUGUCCCGGCUGCACGAGCUGCAGGUGGAAGGCCGCGCUCGCUACGGUCCCGUGUGGAAGGCCAGUUUCGGACCGAUCCUGACGGUCCACGUGGCCGAGCCCGCGCUGAUCGAACAGGUCCUGCGGCAGGAGGGGCAGCACCCGAUCCGGUCCGACCUCUCUUCCUGGAAGGACUACCGACAGCUGCGCGGACACGCCUACGGACUGCUGACUGCGGAGGGGGAGGAGUGGCAGGCAAUCCGCAGCCUGCUGGGCAAGCACAUGCUGCGCCCGCGCGCGGUGGAGGCGUACAGCGACACGCUGAACAGCGUGGUGACGGACCUCAUCGCCAAGCUGCAGUUCAGCCGCCGGCAGAACGCCCAGGGCGUCGUCAAGGAUGUGGCCAGCGAGUUCUACCGCUUCGGGCUGGAGGGCAUCUCCUCGGUGCUGUUCGAGUCCCGGAUCGGCUGCCUGGAGCCCCAGGUUCCCCCGGAGACGGAGCGCUUCAUCCAGGCCAUCAACACCAUGUUCGUCAUGACGCUGCUCACCAUGGCGAUGCCACGCUGGCUGCACCGCCUCUUCCCCAAGCCCUGGCGCACCUUCUGCCAGUGCUGGGACUACAUGUUUGAGUUUGUCUUGGCCCACGUGCAGAGUGCUCUGAGGAGGGAGGUGGAGGGGGUCCUGGGUGGCCGGGAGGUGCCAGGGGCUGUGGACGUGGCCCAGAUGCCUCUGAUGAAGGCCGUGGUGAAGGAGGUACUCAGGCUGUACCCAGUGAUUCCUGCCAACGCCAGGGUCAUCGCAGACCGAGACAUCCAGGUGGGAGGAUACCUCAUCCCGAAGAAGACCCUCAUCACUCUGUGCCACUUCGCCACAUCGCGCGACCCGCGGUUCUUCUCCAGCCCGGCCCGGUUCUGGCCCGAGCGCUGGCUGAGCCGCGAGGAGGGUCACCACCCCUACGCGUCCGUCCCCUUCGGCGUGGGCAAGCGCAGCUGCAUCGGGCGCCGCAUCGCGGAGCUGGAGCUGUACCUGGCGCUGGCGCGGAUUCUGACCCGGUUCGAGGUGAAGCCUGACCCGGAGGGCGGCGAGGUCCGGCCCAUGACCAGAACCCUGCUGGUGCCACAGAGCCACAUCAGCCUGCAGUUCAUCGAGAGAUGAGGGCGCCGGGGGUGAAGGGCCGAGGAAGACCCAGGAUUCCCCACCUGAACUGGGGGGCAGGACGGAAUCUGAGCCCCAGGAUCUGAGGGCCCCACGAGGACGGGGCUCACCCGAGGGGUCGGAGUGCAAUAGGGCCUGACCGCUGGACAGGAGCUGACCGCCUGACCGCUGGACAGGAGCUGACCACCUGACUGCUAGGCACCAGCAGAGAACCUGAUUACCUGACCGCUAGACAGGAGCUGACCGCCUGACCGCUAGGCACCAGCAGAGAACCUG